UUGGGAAGAUGGCGGCUCCCAGCCUCCUCAACUGGAGGCGGGUUUCCUCCUUCACGGGGCCGGUCCCCCGCGCCCGGCACGGACACCGGGCCGUGGCCAUCCGGGAGCUGAUGAUCAUCUUUGGAGGGGGCAACGAGGGCAUCGCGGACGAGCUGCACGUCUACAACACGGUUACAAAUCAGUGGUUCCUACCAGCUGUUAGAGGAGACAUCCCUCCAGGUUGCGCUGCCCAUGGAUUUGUCUGUGAUGGUACCAGAAUAUUAGUAUUUGGGGGAAUGGUUGAAUAUGGAAGAUACAGCAAUGAGUUAUACGAGUUGCAAGCAAGCCGUUGGUUAUGGAAAAAAGUGAAACCUCACCCCCCUUCUUCUGGUUUACCUCCUUGUCCUCGUCUUGGACAUAGCUUCUCUUUAUAUGGUAACAAAUGCUAUUUGUUUGGUGGUCUGGCAAAUGAAAGUGAAGAUUCAAACAAUAAUGUUCCCAGAUAUUUGAAUGAUUUCUAUGAGUUGGAGCUCCAGCAUGGUUCUGGUGUUGUGGGUUGGAGCAUUCCAGUGACUAAAGGAAUUGUGCCUUCUCCAAGAGAAUCCCACACAGCUGUCAUAUAUUGCAAAAAAGAUUCUGGAAGUCCUAAGAUGUAUGUCUUUGGUGGAAUGUGUGGUGCUCGCCUGGAUGAUCUAUGGCAACUUGACUUAGAAACUAUGUCUUGGUCAAAACCAGAAACUAAAGGGACAGUGCCACUUCCACGAAGCCUUCACACAGCCAGUGUUAUAGGAAACAAGAUGUACAUUUUCGGUGGAUGGGUUCCACAUAAGGGGGAGAAUAUUGAGACUUCGCCUCAUGAUUGUGAAUGGAGAUGUACUAGUUCAUUUUCUUACCUAAAUCUUGAUACAGCAGAGUGGACCACCCUAGUAUCAGAUUCUCAGGAAGAUAAAAAAAAUUCAAGACCAAGACCAAGAGCUGGACACUGUGCUGUUGCAAUUGGCACUCGAUUAUAUUUUUGGAGUGGAAGAGACGGCUACAAAAAAGCACUGAAUAGUCAAGUUUGCUGCAAGGAUCUUUGGUAUCUUGAUACUGAGAAACCGCCGGCACCAUCACAAGUACAACUGAUCAAGGCCACUACCAACUCUUUCCAUGUCAAAUGGGAUGAAGUGCCCACAGUUGAGGGCUAUCUUUUGCAGCUGAAUACAGACUUACCCUACCAAGCUGCAUCAUCAGAUUCUACAGUAACACCAAAUAUGCAAGGAGUCAGAAUGGACACUCACAGACAAGGCAGUAAUAGCACCAUUCCUAACAGUAUCAGUGAUACAAUGAACAGUACAAAAACUGAAUAUACAGCUAUGAAAGGAACUUCUGUGAAAAACAGACCAGAUCUCAAAGCAUCAACUGAUUCUAAUGCUACUUUACAUUCAUCUUUGGCAACUAAUGCUUCUAAUCAUAAUAGUUGUGUCGUGGAUGUGCUAAGGAAAAACGAAGGUCCUCAUACUUCAGCAACUAUAGGUGUUCUAAGUAGUUGCCUGGACUUAAGAACAGUAAUCCCCGAAACCUCUGUAUCCAGUUCUGUUUCCAGCGCACAAACUAUGGUAACCCAGCAGACCAUUAAAACUGAAUCAUCCAGUACAAAUGGGGCAGUUGUUAAAGAUGAAACUUCACUAACAACAUUCAGUACCAAAUCUGAAGUUGAUGAAGCAUGUGCAUUGCCUGCAUCUAAGAUCAGCCGUGUAGAAGCACAUGCUACAGUGAUGCCAUUUUCUAAAGAGACUCCUUCAAAUCCAGUGGCCACAAUGAAAGCAGGAGAACGACAGUGGUGUGAUGUAGGAAUUUUUAAAAAUAAUACAGCUUUGGUGAGCCAGUUUUAUUUGCUGCCAAAAGGAAAGCAAAGCAUCUCAAAGAUAGGAAAUGCAGACGCACCUGACUACAGUUUACUUAAGAAACAAGAUCUGGUUCCAGGCACAGGAUACAGAUUCAGGGUUGCUGCCAUCAAUGGUUGUGGAAUAGGCCCUUUCAGCAAAAUCAGUGAAUUUAAAACUUGUAUUCCCGGUUUUCCUGGAGCUCCUUCUGCAGUCAGAAUUUCAAAGAAUGUUGAGGGUAUCCAUCUCUCCUGGGAACCUCCAACUUCCCCUUCUGGAAAUAUUUUGGAAUAUUCAGCCUACUUGGCUAUCCGCACAGCACAAAUACAAGAUAAUCCAAGUCAACUUGUGUUUAUGAGGAUUUAUUGUGGUCUUAAGACAUCAUGUAUAGUAACUGCCGGGCAGCUUGCAAAUGCACAUAUCGAUUAUACAUCCAGGCCUGCCAUUGUGUUCAGGAUAUCGGCAAAGAAUGAAAAGGGAUAUGGACCAGCUACACAAGUUCGAUGGCUUCAAGGUAACAAUAAAAAAGCACCUUUAAAUUGAAUUUUUUUUUUUUUACUGAAGCUAUUGUGAUGAUUAUUUAUUAGUAACUGGUUUUGAAGAUUUGUCAUUUUAAAGAGUAUUCUCUGACUGUAUUUCUAGCACUUAUGAGUUUGAGUUUGUAAGUUGUUCUUAAAAUGUAUUUGCUCAAUUUUAGAUCCAAAUAAAAAUAGAAAAGAAGCAAAGACUCUCUGAAAAUUAGUAUAUGGAUUCGUCCUUACAGUUAUAUAAUUGCUUUUUUUAUAAAGUAAAAUAGUAAACGUAAAAGCUAGAAGGCUUUAUUACCCCAAUAUCUUUUCUAAAGGCCAUGUAAUUCAGUCAUCCUAGAGCUAUUGAGAUGAUUCUAGUAACUGGCUGUUGUACACUGCGCUGUCUUACAUAGUAAAUAUUCUCUUCAUUGUCAAGGACCCGUCUUUGACUACUCCCUUUAACUUUAUUAUUCUAGAUGAGCAGCGGUCCUAUUAAUACCUAUCUUCUAGUGAAUAACAUUUGUGAUACUAAUUUUGAUAGCGGCUAUUUGAUUCAUUUCUUUGUCUACAGUUAGCACAGAGCUUAAAAAAUUACAAAAGAAAGAAAGAAAGAGGAGAGUUUAGAAACUCUGAUUUUGAAUUUUUAUUAUUUUCCAAGAAUCAUGGCAAAAUACAAAAAUGUAAUGGGUUUUCUUGAUUCAUACCUGAUGUAUUGGAAUACAUUUUUGGCCAAAGCACUUACCCAGUCCUUGGUUUCCUUGUUAAUAGAAGACAGAGUUAAAAUAAUUUACAUUUAAGAUUUCUUUCAGCACUAAAAUUUUGUAUUUUCGUCAGAAGCAAAGUAUAUCUGUGAACAUUUUAACAUCUGUCUUAAUGGCUCUAACUUUGCUUUUGCCGAAACUAAGAAAACCUUCGUAAUUUAAAAUUCAAAAUUGAAAUACUUAUGUCCUCCUCACUGCAGAAAGAAGCACCUUAACAGAACACAAGUUUUCAAAUAGUGUUUUAAACAUUUGUAAGAUUUUUGUAAAUGCUCUAAAUGUUUUAUUUUUGCAUUGUUUUUACCUCAAAAUUGUAUAAACUUUUUUACAACUGAAAUAGAAACAUUAGACAGCUCACUCAGGUCCUACUGCAACCUUAAAGAUACAGAUAGACAUGAUGGGUCCUCUGCCACAGGUAGCUUGUUUUGAACCUUUUUGGAAUGUCAUGGUUCCACUGCCUGUUCAGAUCUGGAAUGGAAAUACAGAGCAAUAAAUGCAGAAAAGGUAGUUCACACUACAAGCUGCAAUAACCGCACAGGCCCAGGCCUAUCUUUUUUAUACCAUGUAACCUUACGCCAGUUUAGGUUGACUGAGGAGCUGUGUCCGAGCUUCACCUAGAAUACUCCCAGCCAAGAUGGAUUUAACUGUGCAGAAUUGAUAUAUAUGUAUGUUCCAGUUACUAAUUUAAAAUGUAUAGAAUAUUUUAAUAUAUAAUUUUUGUAAAGAACUGGGAUUUUUAUACUACAGUAUUUGUAAUUAAUGUGUCUCACUAAUUAAGUUUCUCUUGAAGAAAAUAUGCAAACUGUUAGACACGUAAUGAGUGAUUUCCAAACUCUAAAGGUAAAAUAAAUGCACUACUCUGGUGUUGUUAGAAUACUUUUUUUGUGGCUGUAUGAAUCUUUAAUCUUUAAAUGUGUAUUUUACAAACAAUGUUUACAAGGAGCUUCUCUGGUUUGUUAUGUCAGCACCUCCCUUGGUGAGAGCUUCAUUCUGCAUUUGUUAAAUUCAUAUGCUUUGCUUUUAGCAUAUGCUUGCUUUUUGCACUAGGAGAAUUUUAACUUACCUCAUUAUUAUGUUUGUAAUCAUUUGUAUAGCUUCCAUAAUAUGUCUGAUAUAGGCUAAACAAAUACUUAACCAAAGUUAAAAUAAAUGGUAAGCAAUUUUGCA